AAUGUCUUGUCAUGUGGGCAGUGUUCACUGUUGGCUGUGCAAAUGCAACAUACUAAAGGGGGAAAAUCUUUCUCCUGUCAGGGAGAGCUGCACUUAUUUAUCUCUGCUCCAAUUUUCAAGAUGAAGAGUAUUUCUGUAAUUACUGUUAAUGGUUUUGAACCCAGCGAGUAGGCUCUUCACCCAGCCCUGAAGUCGUAUGUGAUGCUGGCCUGGGGACUCUGAUCUGGUUCCUCCACAUCUAUAUCCCUAUCUUGGCAUUAGCAGUGAGUGAAAAAAGGGUUUUGAUUUUUAAAUGUUCAGUCAUUUCCAUGUGGUCAGGCAGGCUGGUAAACAUGGGUAUUACAGUGGAUUUUCCUCUCCUGGCUUCUCCUAGCUGAAGAAAUGACUUUUCUAUUUAGCUGCAGUCCAGAAGAUGCUAAGUGUGAUCCUCAUGGGUACAAUGCCCAGAGGUCAUGGCACGGUGAUUGGUGAUAGAGUUGAGAUACGCGUGAUCAACGGUGGAAGAGAUAGUUGUACCUUUGGAAGAAGGUUUCUUCUCUUAAACUAAAGCUUCUCAGAAAUCCUGGUCCUUUCAAAAAUUCCAGGUUUUGUGGACCUAGUUCCUAUUAACUGUGGCACUAUGAGGGAGAUUUUCAAAUGUAGUUUGUAACCUAAUUCUUAGUGCAGCUGGUGGGAGUCACUUGAUUCUCACAUGACUUUAAAUAUAUUUUUUCAUGAUCUGAGUUUGCUUGGAUGCCUCUCUUGUGCUGCGCACAAAAUAGUGAGGAGAAGACCACAGGUUCCUGCAUUCUCACUGCCUUUGUAUUCAGAGGCUGUGCAGGUGCUGGAAAAGCUGCCUUUGCAAACUGCAAAUGAAGUCAUAUUGGAGGUUACUAGACCUAACUGUACUUGAGGUCCUUCUUAAGAGAGCAAUACCUUGUUUUCCCUCAAAGGAAUAUUUGCUCAGUCCUUGUUGAAAAAAUCCUUUUAAUGUGAAGAGUUUUAUGUAUUAUGCCUCCAACUUGCUGUUUUGUUUAUGUGUUUUUGAGAAGCCCCUGUGGUCAAGAAAGUUUCACAUAACCAGACAUGGGGUUUGGCAUGACAUGGAAAUUAAACUCUUUUGCUGUCAUUGUUUCUAGUUCUUCCCAGUAUGAGAACGUUGAGGUGGCCUGCCUGGGUACUUCAGGUCCCCUUUUCAGUCUACUGUGGCUAUGUGAUAGAAGUUGGUGGUGUUGGGUAUUGUGGUUUUUUUUUGUUUGUUUGUUUUUUCUAAUUGAGAUUCUGGGUUUUGUUGACUUGUUGGAGAACGUAGUCUGUCAGGGAUUCAGAUGUGUUUCAGUAGCUUUGCUCUUUCCUCCUGGAGAAAACCAGAGUGUUAAGCAGCAGCUGCUCAUCCUAGGGUUUUUCUGAGCAAUGCAGAGAGUACCAGACUGGCUGCACUCACCUCUUUGCAGUCCGUGAGGUAUGGAAAGAAGCUGAAGUAACUUAAUGCAUAAUUUGCAUAUCAAAAAAUCAACUGUUUGGACAUUUGAUUAAAAAAUACAGUGUUGGCCUGAGGAGUUUAUCCACCUCUGCUUUGGCAGAGGAUGGCAUGUCAUUUAUCUGUGAUGGCUGUGUAACAUGUUCUUCUUGCGGGGCUGAUUUUGAAGAUGCCUUGGAGGGAGGCUACAGCUGGCUGUGUACCAGCUUUGGCUCGUAGGAUCACAGACACCCACCACUGGGGUUCAUUAGCAGCACCUGUUCCCUUUCAGGAACGCUGGUGAAUGUAAAGCCUGGUAUUGAGACCAGAGAGCUCAGGUCUUAGCUGCUCGAGGGGAUGUGCAUGGUGUUCUGCUGGGGCAUCCAUAGGCACGGUGUUUUUCCUUGCAUCCUCACAGUUUGCAUUCAGCAGAGUUCCUAGCCAAGACCCUUUAAUUGAAGAACUUUUCCCUUUCAAGGACGCAGCUUAUCAGCCCUCGGGGCGCAAUGCAAAGUCUGCUGGCUUUCUUCAGCAAGGUGUUAGGAGACUCCUCAGAGGACCGACUCCUGGGUUGGAUGGUUCCUGUAUUAAAUUCUAAUCUUUCACAGUUAACUCGAGGUAAUAAAUGGUCUUCACCCCUGUGCCUGGAGAACUUGCAAAGUAGGUUGGAGCAGUUUUCCUUUCAAACACGUGGUAUUUUAGCCAGUAUAUCUUGCUGCAUAUUACAGUCUAGAGCGCAGAGACCUCUUUCCCCGUUCUCCCGAUGACAGGUUCCCGGUCGUUGACUGAAUCAAGUUGUGUGCCUUCACACCCGUUUCCUUCUCCAAAAAAAGGCAAUAGGCACGAGGACGGGACGCAGAGCGACUCAGAAGACCCUGUGGCACCCAAGGCAGAGAAGGAGACGACGACGGGCAGCGAGCGGGCGGUGGAGCAAACCAAGCUGCAGCGCCAGAUGAGGCGUGACCCCCACGAGAUGCUGCACAACAAGCAGGCGUUCGUCAUCGAGUUCUUUGAGGACACGCCGCGGAAGAAGCGGUCGCAGUCCUUCACGCACAGCGCUCACUCCUCCCAGAGCGACACCGAUCCCGGGCUGAAGACCAAGGUGGAGAAGCGCAAGAACGUGCUGCCGGCGGAGAAGCAGGGCAGUGCGGUGCCUCCAUCCCACGUCGGCACGCAGGCGGGCAAACCCAGUAACAGCUCCUCGGGGACCCAAAGAGCUAGCUCCUUCAAGAGGGAGAAGACAGAGGAUCGGAUCAGCUCUUCGUCCUCCUCCGCUUCCAGAGCAUCAGGCAAAGCCUACGGGAGCGUUGGGAGGAAAUCUAAAAUGGCUCAGGAUUUUAUGGCUGAGUACCUGCGGGAGACUGCUCAGUCGGGGAAAGCAGGGGCUGAGAAACCGGCACCUCAGCCCAUGCCGGCAGCUCCACGCGUGGUUAUAUCAUCAGAACCAGAGUCUGCCUCUACUCCACCUCCGGAGGUAAAGCCAGCCCAGGGCAGGAGGAACGACGAGGAAGAUAGCGUGAGCGAGACGGGCACAUACACCAUCGAGACAGAGUCGCAGGAUAAAGAGGUGGAGGAAGCACGAAAAAUGAUAGAUCAGGUUUUUGGUGUUCUCGAGUCACCUGAAUUUUCCAGAAUAUCCUCAGUCUUCCGACCAGUCAUAAAAGGCGAAAAAGACGACUCUGGUUCUCAUCAGCAUUUAAUCACUGAAAACGGCACUAGUCAGAAGUCACCCUUGCUCCAGGCAUUUGCCUCAAAAGCUGUGAGUGGGUCUCAGGCUGACAUGCAGAUGUCUGCAGCAGCUCAGGGCAGUCAGAAGUGGGUGUCUAGGUGGGCGAGCCUUGCCGACAGCUACUCUGACUCUGGAUCUGUUUCUGGGCAGGCUGACGGAGGUACAGAAAGCGGUGUAGCUACAAAACCUGGGGAACCAGAAAACGCUGUGCCCUUGAGGACGAGGCGCCUUCUUCCCCAGCUCCCGCCGAGCGAUAAAUCGGACAGCCCCACACCCACGGUUCUGGUCUGCCAGGAGGCCUAUUCCGAGGUUACAAAGAGAACCGUCGUGAAGGACCACGGCGUGGAAGCCUAUGGUGAUCCCAGCAGCCGCCUCUUCAUCCAGGAAGACUUGGAUCCAGAUAGCCUCAGCGAUGCCAGCAGAUCCGACGAUGGCUUCAGCUCGGAAAAAAGCAGGAAGUACAAAGAGAACAAUAAAAUGCGAGAUCAGACGGGAGAAGACAUAAAAUCAGAGAGCCGGCAGCAAGGAGCCCCCCGGGUUGCAAACAUGAGAGCUGUAAGUGAGGCAGUUUCUACUUCGUUCUACAUUGGUGAUGACAGCAAUGACGUGGGGAUUGCCUCCAAGCUCUGUCUGAGCAUGGCCCAUGCUCGAGCAGACAAAGACCCCAAGGAUCAGGAGUUUUCCUUCAAGUCUGCUGGCACACCUGUUCCUGGAAAGCCACCAGUCAAAGACGUCAGUGCUUACAUUAAUGCAGCAGGAAAAAUGGUUAUUUCCCUUCAAGAUCAGGAAAAUGUGGCAGGAAAGGAAACAUCGUCUUUUGUUAGACAGGAAAGCUUUACCAAAGAUAAAUCAAGCAGCGGCGUUCCUCAAAAUAAACUUCCGCAUAUUUCAAGUCACCCUCUGCUUAAAGAUUUAGAGGCCGUUCGGUCAACCCGUAUGGACUUUGGUCAGGACACUCAUCUUCUCCUUAAGGAUACCGAAACUGCCUUGGCAGCGCUGGAAGCCAAAUUUCUUGGUCAAAGCCAACAGCUGGAGGCCUCGGAAACUGCUGGUCAGCUGGAGGACUCCUUGUCUGGCGACUCCGACGUGGACACAGCCAGCACGGUCAGCUUGGUGAGCGGCAAAAACGUCCCCACGAGCGCCCCGAAACGCAAAGCGGUCGCGAGCUUGCAGAAGGAGAAAUCUUCCUCCACGCCGUCCAUCCAGGACCAGUGCGGGCAGCCAAGCGCGCGGGACAGGCUGACGGAGAAGAGGAAGGCCCACGUGCCGGAGGUGCCAAGGUGCGUGGAGGCCACCAAGCGCUUCCAGAUGAAGCGGAGCGCCGGGACUCGGGGGUCGCUCGACUUCACGGAUGAUGAGAGAAGCUCGAGCCUGCCCUACUUGCCGGUCCCAGACGCCGUCGUGUCUGACCACGAGCACCCGGUAACGCGGCCGGUUCCCAGAAGGAAGCCUUUUCCUCAGGCUGCCAAGGAGGAGCACAGCAAAGCGACGCCGAACGUGCAGAAGAUCCAGCAAGUUCUCACCCGCUCCAAUAGUUUGUCCACCCCGCGGCCCACCAGGGCCUCCAAGCUCCGUCGCGCCCGUCUGGGCGACGCUUCGGACAACGAGUGCGUCGAUACCGAGAAAACGGCCUCCAACCACGAAGCCACCGCGCCGGGCUCCAAGCAGACCACAGAGACGAAAAAGCUCUCCCGGCUUGACAUCCUCGCCAUGCCAAGGAAACGGGCGGGCUCGUUCACGGUGCCCAGUGACUCUGAAACCGCGCAGUCGAGGUCGGCGUUUUCGGGCCGGAGCGUGGAGUCCUAUCGGAAGACGGGCGUUGCGGAGGUCAGAGCCGCAGCGAGGAAAACGGCGGCUGCUGCCGCCUCCACCAAGCAGCCUUUCAGCAGGACCCGCUCAAGCAGUGUCAAGUAUUCUUCCACGUCCACAUCAAGGCGGAGACCACAGGGUUCAGAUUACACUUCUACUUCGGAGGAGGAAUAUGGCUCAAAUCACAGCUCCCCUAAACACAAACGCUCCCAUACUUCAACAGCCACACAGACGCCGAGGAUACGUGGCUCUGGGCUGGGCAAGCAGAAACACAACGGCAGAGAAACGGAUGAUGACGAAGAGUUUGACGACCACCCUGACCCCUACAACUUCAUGGCGCAGACAGCAGAGAUAGCAGAAAUAGCCAGACUAAGCCAAACCUUGGUGAAGGAUGUGGCCAUCCUUGCUCGAGAGAUUCAUGAUGUUGCUGGAGAUGGGGACUCACAGAGUUCGUCGGGGACGGGACCAAGCACCUCCCUCAGCUCUGUGCCCAACACUCCUGCUUCUACCAUAUCGGCGAGAGAAGAGAUUGCUCGUAGAUCUUUUCGGCUGGCAUAUCCAUCUCAGCUGGUGCAGCACAUUCCAGAAGCAAGUCUGAACUACCAGAAAGUGCCUCCGGGAUCAGUGGAACUGAAGGAUUUUGACCAAAAUAUGAACGAUAAUAGAGAAGAGGAUCCAUCAAAAAAAACAAGGACAAGAAACCGUGAGGAGGUUAUCUUUGACAACCUGAUGUUGAACCCGGUGUCCCAGUUAUCACAUACAAUCCGUGAAAAUACAGAAAACCUAGCUGAAAAAAUGAAGAUUCUGUUCCAAAACUCAGAAAGGACCUGGGAGGAGAUGGAGGCCAAAAUUAACUCGGAAAAUGAAGUGCCAAUUCUGAAGACAUCAAACAAGGAAAUCAGUUCUAUCCUGAAGGAGCUCAGGAGAGUUCAAAAACAGCUUGAAGUUAUAAAUGCUAUCAUUGACCCUACUGGAAACUUGGAUGUAGUUGCCAGUAACAAAGCAUCUGCUGCUGCUAAACAAUCCACAGCCACUAAAGUCAGGACUGCUAACGCUUCUGGGUCCGCACUGGAGACGUUGUCCCCAGCACAGAUGAGAAACUACACGCAGAAAUCGAACUGUGGCUCUUCUAGCUUGCAAGAUUCGAAUUUCAUUCCAGAUGGAGAGAAAUACGUGAUCUGAUGAAAUAUUUUGUAUUGCUAUCAUACUGUAAUCUACUGUCGCAUUAGUAUUGUAUGUGAGUGGUUUGUGGACAGUUUGUGUGGAGCAGUUGUUUAGAUUGCUAACAUGUUGCACAAAAAAGAAAAUCUAUGCUGUGAGGGUGAAUGGCAAGUCUGUGUAUGCCUUUUAAACAAGACUAGCACUGUGGAGCAGCACAUAUUCAGCAUAGAGGCAAAACGAUUUUUAAAGAAUUACUCACUUAUUCUUCCUGUGUGCCAUAAGAAAACAGGCUUUGCAUACCCUCCAUUCAGUACUGCUGAAGCUAAAGCGUUCUUGCAUUAGCCUGUUUACAAUUAUUCAGUUAUAAUGAGGCACAGGUUAAAAAAAAAAACACAACACUUUUUGGUACUGUAUUUGCUUUGGUUUUUUUUGUUGCUGUUUUUGUUUUUUACUUGUACAAGUGAGCAUUGCAGCUCUGUUGGAAUCAAUGUGUAAAUCCAGCAGAACGAUGGUGCAAUAUAAUGGGUUUCUCAGAGGAACUCUUGCUACAGUUCUGUAAUCAGCAGUCUUAAAAAGGCGAUCACGCUGAAGUUGUACAUAUAUCUUUUUUUUUUUUCAGUCCAAAAAACAAAAGAAGACAGAGCAAACCCUUUGUUGUUUUCUCUUGGGAAAGUAUAAAAGUUAAUGAUGGUGUGAAUGUAAAGAUUUCUAAUACAAUUACUGUUUUUGGUGUUUCAGGCCCAAAGUUUGAUGUAAGUACAAAAAAUCAAAUUUUACAGUUUAGCUUGCCAAAUUUUUGGUACAAUUGCUAUCUUUAAGCUUUUUAUGAACUGUUCAAUCUUUUCGCAAUGAACUAGAAAUACUCCUAGCUGGGCCAAAGACUAAGAUGUUUGAAUUAGCUAAUUGCUAAGAAAAACAUCUGUUCCAGUGGCUCACAUAAUAAACUUAAUGACACAGUUGCUGUGAACUAGUGUUCACUUGAUGGCACUCAAAAAAUAACAGCGUAAGUGUAGCUCCUCCUUUAUGGUUAGUUCUCCUGUAAUUUUUUUUCAAUGCAAAAGUGCUUGAAAACAGCGGCUCUGUGGUGUUCUUUAGAAACUACCCACCAGUGUCAAGCACUUCAUGUAUCUGAGAUUUUUGUCUGGAUUUUAUUUUUUGUAAUUAUAAUCCUAGAAACACUACUAUGUGCAGUUGCACUAAGCAAUUUCUUGUUUAAAACACAUUGCAUUUUGUAUUCUGCCUUUCAGUUAAGCUGCAAAACCCUAAGCAAUUUCUGUUGCUCUAAAAACAAAAGGUUUGGUUUUGCAGAGGACCUCUUCCAGAUGUGUUUGCUCCCAGUUUUUUCCAUCUUGUAUUGAUUCCUUUUUCAUUCUUCCUGGUCCAUAAACUGUAAUCAGGUAGAGAAAUUCUUCCAUGGUCAUGGAGGAUACAUUUGCUGGGAAAGGUGAGCAGAUGAGUUCCACUUUGCCCUCAUACAGUGUGUAAUUUAACUAGUGAAAUGGUAUCCCAAGCUUGACUGCUGCUUGUGUGCCGACUUUAUAUUUUGGGUGGGUAGUGGAUUCCUUAGUUUGCUUCAGUAGUUACCUGAGCUUUUCUGCUAGAAUGUUGUGAAAGUGGGAACCAGUUAAAAUAAUUUAAAUAAGUAGGGAUGCUCACAAAGUGUUUAGUCUUACUAGCAAAGAGCAUGAGUGCUUUCCUGGUGAAGCCAGUGGGAGCUUUCUGUCAAUUUCAGCAGAAACAGGAUCGGUCCCAAAACGGGAAUACGCCAGCAGGCCGUUAGUUUGAGUGUGCAGGACGCUGGCUGGCAAACAAUAGGUCCAAAUAUCCUUCCAAUAUCUUCAGCAGGUUAUAACUCAUCUGCUUAUGUGGAGAUGCUCUUCCAUGAAGAAAUCUGCUGAAUUUCACACAGAUGAAUGCAGAAUAAUAAUAAAAAAUUGCUCAUGA